UGCGGGUCGUCGUUGCGAGUGCGUGCGAACGUGUCCCGUGCAAUCAUGCGACACGACUGCGCAGGCGCCACUGUUGACUGUUUUUAUUAUUGUUGUUAUUAUUAUUAUUUUUUUUUUCCACCCACCCGCCGGCCCACCACGCUCUCUCGUCUUGUCACUGGCUCCUCUAUCGCUCUUCCCUCACUCACUCUCGCUCAAACUCUCUCUCUCUCUCGCACCCGUUAACCCGCCCGACCAAUACUUCUAUACACUCGUCUCCGUCUGUUGUUCGUCAUCCACUGAUCUGCGCGCAAUCGUCGUAUCUGUGCUUCGAGUUUGCGCGCGUGCGUGCGUGCUAGUGUAUCCGUAGCCAUCAUAAUAAUAAUAAUAACAGUAGUGUAAUAAAUUAAUUUGGUGUUGGCUGAUAAUAGAAACGAAAUAAGAGAAAACAAUUGAACCGCUCAGGGAGUAAUCGAAUUAUUUUAUUUCAACGGCGCUGCUCACGGACGACGCGAGGCUCGUGUAAACGUCCGCCGCUCAACAUAGGUGUGCCGUACUCCAUUUCUGCUACCGCUACCGGGAAGAGGACCGUUUAACGACUCGAUUGCCGACAAAAUAUUAUUUCUUGCGCCGUCGUUCAUACUUCGGUGUCGGAGAAAAGUCGUUUUCUGUCCGCCAUGGACUCGUUGCGCGAACAAGUAAUGAUCAAUCAAUUCGUGCUGGCCGCUGGAUGCGCCAGGGACCAAGCCAAACAACUGCUGCAAGCCGCUCACUGGCAGUUUGAAACUGCACUCAGCAUUUUUUUCCAAGAUUCUUCUGUCACAAAUUGCAAUCAAAAUUCAGCACAAUUUGGCUUUGGACAAAUGACACCUUGUAAUACUCCAGCUACACCACCCAAUUUCCCAGAUACUCUGAUUGCUUUUUCACGCAUGACAACUUCAUCCGAAAGUUCAAAAAUGGGAUCAUCUCCAAAUAUGUCUGUCUCUCCACAAAAUAGAACCUCAUUAGAAAACAGUCAGUCAAUAAGGCAUCCAUACUCACAUUUAGCGCCUAACACAAUUUCAAAUAACACAUAG